AUGGGGUUCCUCCGAGUCGCGAUGCCGCCGAAGUUGCAGCUGCUAGCUUUGCUAGCGUUCGCCUUGGCCAUGUUCUUCUUGGAGAACCAGAUCCAGAAGCUAGAGGAGUCCCGAGGAAAACUCGAGCGCGCCGUGGCGAGACGCGAAGUCCGGGAGGCGGAGCGGCGGCUUCGGUGGCGGGCUUCCGACGACGACGACGACGACACGGUCGUCGUCUACAACCGCGUACCCAAGACGGCCAGCACCUCCUUCACCAACAUCGCUUACGACCUUUGCGGGAAGAACCGCUACCACGUGCUGCACAUCAACACCACCAAGAACAACCCCGUCAUGUCCAUCCAGGACCAGGUGCGCUUUGUCAAAAAUGUGACGGAAUGGAGCGAGAUGAAGCCGGCGUUCUACCACGGACACGUCUCCUACCUGGACUUCAGCAAGUUGGGGGUGAAGAGGAAGCCCAUCUACAUCAACGUGAUCCGAGACCCCAUCCAGCGCCUGGUGUCCUAUUACUACUUUUUGCGUUUCGGAGACGACUACCGACCCGGCUUGAGACGCAGGAAACAAGGCGACAAGAAGACUUUUGACGAAUGCGUGUCGGCCGGCGGCUCCGACUGCGCGCCCGAGAAGCUGUGGCUGCAGAUCCCUUUCUUCUGCGGACACUAUUCGGAAUGCUGGAACGCGGGGAGCCGCUGGGCUCUGGAGCGGGCCAAAUACAACCUGCUCAACGAGUACUUGCUGGUGGGAGUGACGGAAGAGCUGGAGGAUUUUGUCAUGAUGCUGGAGGCGGCUCUGCCGCGCUUCUUCAAAGGAGCCACCGAGCUCUACAAAACAGGGAAGAAAUCCCAUUUGAGGAAGACCAGCGAGAAGAAGCCGCCCACCAGGGAGUCCACGGCCAAAUUGCAGCAGUCGGCCAUCUGGAAGAUGGAGAACGAGUUCUACGAGUUCGCCUUGGAACAGUUUCAGUUCGUUCGGGCGCACGCCGUUCGGGAAAAGGACGGCGAACUUUACGUGCUGCCGCAAAACUUCUUCUACGAGAAGAUCUACCCCAAAAACUAA